UAUUUUAUUUUUUAUUUUUAGAGUGGAGAGAAAUUGGUGUGUCUGUACCACAAAGGCGGGACUGCAGUUCGAUGUUGUGCCUUCUCUUGGACAGGUAGUUCCCUUGCAUCUGCAGCUGAUGAUGGGUCUAUUUGCAUUUGGGAUGCAACAUCCUUCGCCAUGACCAGAGUGUUGGACAUAGAUGAUGUGGAAGCAAGCAUUCCAAGCUGUGCCUUCAGUCCAGAUGGAAGCAUCCUCCUGGUGGGCACAUCCACAGGGCGUUUGCUUGGGUUCUCUCUUGACUCUUCUCCUCACAAAGUGCCCCUCUUCCUGGAAAAAAAUGCCCACGAUUUGGGGGUCUCUACUGUCGCCUUCUCAUCAUCUAAUUCCAUUUCUGCUAGCUCAAAAGAUGGAGAUGGGGCAAAGAAGACAUUCCUGGCAGCAACUGGAGGAGUUGAUUCCCUGGUACGCCUAUGGCACAUCCAAGGUAAUCACAAAUCAGCUCUUGUGCCAGUAAAGAGUCCACAUGGCAUGUUGACUGGCCACAGUUCUACUGUAAUGAGUGUGAAGUUUCAUCCGAGAGGAAGGCUUCUUGCCUCUGCAUCAGGGGAUAAGACUGUACGCCUUUGGAACACAGAGAUUGGUCUAUGUGUGGCUGUCCUGCAGGGACAUGAACGAUAUGUGACAAGUGUUUCUUUCUCUCAUAAUGGCCAAUAUCUUGCUUCUGGCUCCAAUGACCGUUCUGUCAUCCUCUGGCAAAUCGAACCUGCUGAAACAUCUAACUUUGCACCUCCUGAUCUUAAGAACGGGGAGGUGUUGGUGGACAUAUAUUCAGCACCUGCAAUGCGUCUCUCACAACCUGCAUCAUCAUGGGCCAUCAGUGAUGUUUUGGAAUGGCUUGAGGACCUGGGUCUUAAUCAAUAUAGAGACACCUUCAAGAUGAAUCAAAUAGAUGGUCCAGCACUGCUUAAACUCCAUGAUUCCAAACUCCAAGAACUUUCUAUUGGUCUGAUCUCCCAUGUGGAGAAAGGACAUCGACUGAGAAUUUUGCAGGAAUGUCGUCACCUGGCUGAGGACUCCCAUCUUCACAAGAUGGAUAAGGGGUUUGUCCCGAUUGAAUUCUAUUGCCCCAUCACUCACACCAUCAUGAUGGAUCCUGUGGUUGCUGCUGAUGGAUUCAGCUAUGAACGAGGGGCAAUCCAAGAGUGGUUCUCUCGCAGCCCUACAAGCCCAUUAACCAAUGAACGAGUCAUACACACGAUGCUCAUUCCAAAUCGCACCCUUCGUGUCCUCAUCAAACGACACCUUGCCUCUAUCAUCUGAUUCCUCACUCCCACAUCUCAUGUUCAUAAAGAUUUUGUGGUUUCCUGGCCCUUUGUAGCCAAGUGACAGAAAAUGUGGGAGAGCUUGUGGAAGAUGCAAUUGCUUGUGAUCACAACUAGGCUAGUCAUUGUAUGUAUGUUGAAAUGAGAGAGUGGAAUAUUUUUCCAUCAUUUUCAAUCUGUUGCUGUGUUGCUUGUGCACAUAGUUGCAUCCUUUGCCUGCAUUCAUAGGUGACAUACCAUGUACCUGCUUCAAUUGUUUAAGAGAAAUUUCCUCAUUCUUAUUGAUGAGGAUACUUGCAGUUUGCUUAUAUAGAUAAAUCUGAAGGUGCAUGACAUAGCACCUAGGCUGUUCUUUUAGACUAUCUGGUUAAUUUUCAAUGCAAGAUGCAAAGUUUAUCAUAUCAUCAGGCUGUCUUACCUGUAAGAGCAGCUUAGGGUAGAAUAGGGAUUUUUUAGGACCAUAGUGCCUCUUGCUUUUCAGUUUUCUGACCAUGAAAGACCCACCAAAAUAAAAAUUUCCAUAGGCCGAAAAUGAUGCAAGGUAGAAGUUGCCAGUUUCUAAACUGAGGAUAAAGAGUUUGUCUGCCGCUUGCCAGUAAGAAACUUUAGUAAACUUUAGUAAGUUUACUUGAUUUUAAGUAACAUCUGGUACAGAGGAACCUUUGAAAAACUUGAACUAGGGUCAUUCAUGGAUAAACUUGGCCUAGGCUCCAGUGAUUUUAAAGUUUAAUUACUUGUGCAUUACGUUUUUGAAUUGACCUAAUGAGAUUUACUAUGCAGUUUGUGUUUGUGGAUAUGGACACUAUAUGCAUUUAUUGGUGAUAUGAAGUCAUCUCAGAUUUUACUUGAACACUAAGUGGCUCCUUAAUAUUUCAUGGUGGUAUCAGAUUUCUCUUGUAUCACUGCCCCCUGGCCAUCAAACAGAAUGGCAAUUCAAAUGAAUAUAGGCCUAUAAAUUGAUGUGUACUGUUGUUGAAAGACAUUUUACAGUUCAAGUAAACAUGAAAAAGUGAAAUUAGUGCAAAGUUAGAAUUUCAUAGCUUUGGCAGGGCCAACUAUUGAAAGCAGCAGAAUACCAAAUAUGACAUUCUUGGCUCCUGUGAGUCAAGGAUACAGGGUCCAAGUCUGAUGCAUAUUUAAUGAACACCCAGUUCAAAGUUCAGAGUUAUGAAAGAGAGGGAUAGUUUAUUUUAAGAAUGAGAAUCAAUCUGUGGCAGAAGAGGCAUGACACCAGCACAUGGGU